AUGAAGACUCUGAGAUGCAGCGAUGAGUUCUCACUAGGCGACGGGAUCGGCCUGCCUCCGCCACUACCUCUGCGAAAGAACAAUGUUGUUAUUGCAGUCAUGGGACCAACGGGAGUUGGUAAGAGCUCGUUCAUCAAAGCUCUUACUGGCGCCGAAGAUAUUGUCAUUGGCCAUGGAUUGACAUCAGCUACUUCCAAGGUCCAAUGCUACAACCUCGCCCACGAAGGGACAAACUUUCUUCUCGUCGACACUCCAGGAUUUGACGACAGCAGCGGACUGGACAACGAUGUUGUGCAGGAGAUUCUGUCAUGGUUGAAGUCAUCCAUGGGGGAAGGCUUGCUCUUGAAUGGAUUGAUCUAUCUACACCGCAUUAUUGACCCAAGGAUAACUGGGACAGCGCGUUCUAAUAUGCGUCUAUUCAGAGAACUUUGCGGAAGCGACAACUUGCACAAAGUCGUCCUGGCCACAACUUUCUGGGCGGCUGUCGACGGUGAGCUGGGCCAGCGGCGUGAGGCGCAGCUUCUUGAGGACCCAAAAUUCUGGAAGCCAAUGGCCGAGAAAGGAUCCAGGGCUUUCCGACUGAGGCAAGACCGCACGGCAUACCUACAGAUUUUGUCACACAUCGCUCGAAAGAACGACAAGUUUUUGGUCCAGGCUCAGCAAGAAAUGCGCCGUGGCCAGGAAGCACAUGAGACAAGCGCCGGCAGGGCUAUGAAUCUUGGCCUUGAGCGUCUCAAACAAGAGUACGAAGCCAAAGUGGUCGAUGAGAGGCGAAAGCAGCAGGGCAUGCUUGAUGAGGCCGACCGUCGACGUCGUGCAGAGCACCGGAAAGAGCAACGUCGACUUGAACAGCAGCGUCGUCGCGAAAUGGAAAGACUUGAACGAGAAGCGAGAGAAAAGGACGAAGCGAGACGGGAGAGUGAAGCUAGACAAGAUCUCCUUCAGAAGAUGCAGCGGGAGGCGGAAGAGCGAGAAAUGCGUCAAAGAUUAGAGACGGCCGCUCAAGUUCUCCGACAGCGCCAGGAGGAGGCGGCCCGGCUCCGACAGCUCUCUUCCUAUGUUUGCAAGAACUUUGACACAAAAAGAGUUCGCUGUAGCAACUGCAACACGCGUCUUGAUCUCGUUGAAGGUGGUAAAUGGUGUUAUCGUGAGCACAUCCCACCCGACCCCUUUGGACUGAGCUAA